AUGAUUACGAUCAACGCAAGAUACGCAACGGCCAGCAUUCGAUAUAAUCGAGUACCACAGCAUGCGCAUGGAGUUCAAUCAGUCAAAAUUGCAGGAGGCGUCACUUUUCAUCCGUCGGCCAUGUAUACUCGAAACUCGAAUUUCCUAAACUUUGCAAAUUUUAUCAUAAUGCAACAUUCAAAUAAGGAAAUUGCAAGCAUGCGGUAUGAACUGAUGAAGAAGAAAGUGGACUCGGUUCGUCUACGGAAUUUAUUCGAAAUUAUUCGAUGGAACUUUCCGGUGCCCCGAUUGCCGCAGAACGACAUCAUACAAAACUACAAACUUUAUUCUACACACUUAAGAUGUAAUCGGAGUAAUCGUUGAGGAAAUUUCUUUAUGGUGCAUCGACCAAUCAUUACAUGAAAUUAAUAAAUGUUUAUACAGUU